CGAAUACCUCCAACGUGGGUCCGCGGCUGGAAAGCACGAGCCGUUUAAUAUUAACGAGGCAGCUUUCCGCUGCGAUCGCCUCCCGUGGGCCUCCUGAGAUCUGUUUUCUCCGGGUUGUUUGAAGCCGGGGCUGGGAGCUCGCUGCUGCGAUCAGUCCACCGAUCGCCAGACGGCCGAACGAGGCGAACGACCGGCAAGGAGCGAGGGGAGGGGGUCGCUACUUUGGAUCGUUUCUUUCCCCUCAAGCCACGGCCCGCCAGUGCUUCAAGAUGGCGGCGCUGGAGGUGCGACGCUGCCUGGCGGCGCUGCUCUUGGUGCUGGCGUACCCGUCUUCACCGCCGGUUUCAUGUGCCGGACUGGGACCUGGAAGGGUCGCUUCCGUUACCCGGAGCCCCGUGGCCUUGCCGUGCCUUUCGGGCUGUACGUGCACCGGAGAGCUGUUGGACUGCAGUAAGCAGGCCUGGACUCGGAUUCCCCAUCAACUGCCUGCCUGGGUCGUCUACCUAAAUUUGAGUUACAAUAAACUGACUGCAAUCAAUCCCACUGCUUUCACAGAAUUGCCCAACCUUCGUGAAGUGUGGCUUGAUCAUAAUGAAUUGACUACGAUCCCCGAUAUGGGACUUGCUUCAGCACACCUGGUUGUUCUCUAUCUGCAUCACAACAAAAUACGCAGCAUUGAGGCAAAUCACUUGAAGCUUUAUGAGUCCCUCGAAACAUUGGAUCUAACUUACAAUGAAAUAACUGAAAUCCAAAAUAAUUGCUUUCCACAGCAUCUUAAGAUUAAAGAUUUAUAUCUGGGUAAUAACAGAAUCAGUAUUAUGGAGCCUGGCAUAUUUGAUAAUUUAUCAAGUACCUUACAAGUUCUUCGGCUAAGCAAAAAUCGAAUUUCACAUCUGCCUGUUAAGGUCUUCAAGUUGCCACAUCUGGUGCAACUUGAAUUGAACCGCAACAGAAUACGUCUCAUCGAUGGUCUAACAUUUCACGGACUAGACAACUUGGAGGUUCUUAAGCUGCAGCGAAAUAACAUCAGUAAACUUAUGGAUGGAGCCUUUUGGGGUCUUGCCAAGAUGCAAGUUCUACAUUUAGACAACAAUAUCUUGAAUGAAGUGACAAGUGGCUGGCUUUAUGGAUUGUCUUCUUUGCAGCAGCUCUUCUUGAGUUAUAACAGCAUCUCUCGAAUAAACCCUGAUGCCUGGGGAUUCUGCCAGAAGCUAGUAGAACUGAACCUUUCCCACAACAGCCUGAUGAGAUUGGAUGAUUCAAGUCUAGUGGGGCUGAGUGGACUGCAGUCCCUCCGCUUAAGCCACAAUUCAAUCAAUCAUAUUGCAGAUGGAGCUUUUAAGGGAUUAAGGAGUCUACAACAAUUGGAACUUGACAAUAAUGAAAUCUCAGGGAUAAUAGAAGAUACAAAUGGGGCCUUUGCUGGUUUGGAUAAUCUAAGCAAGCUAACACUGUUUGGAAACAAGAUCAAAUCUGUAGCCAAAAAGGCAUUUGUAGGAUUGGAGGCCCUUGAACACCUAAACCUGGGGAAUAAUAUGAUCAGAUCUAUUCAGGGAGAAGCAUUUUCCAGAAUGAAGAAUCUAAAAGAAUUGUAUAUGAAUAGUGAUAGCUUUUUGUGUGAUUGUCAACUAAAAUGGCUGCCGCAGUGGCUUAUAGGAAGAGACUUCCAGUCUAAUGUAGUUGGCACAUGUGCUCAUCCAGAAUCACUAAAGGGAAAAAGUAUUUUCAUUGUGCCUUCAGAAAGUUUUGUUUGUGAUGACUUUCCAAAACCUCAAAUCAUUGUUCAGCCUGAGACAACAAUGGCUAUGCUGGGCAGAGACAUUCAUUUUACUUGUUCAGCAGCAAGCAGUAGCAACUUGCCAAUGAUAUUUGCAUGGAAGAAGGAUCAUGAGAUUCUACAUAAUGCUGAGAUUGAAAACUUUGCACAUGUUCGAGCAAAGGAUGGUGAAGUAAUGGAAUAUACCACCAUUCUUCAUUUAAGAAAUGUGAAAUUUUCAGAUGAAGGAAGAUAUCAAUGUAUGAUAACUAACAAUUUUGGCUCAACCUACUCUACUCGAGCCAAGCUUACAGUCAAUGUAUUGCCAUCAUUUAUUAAAACUCCAAGAGAUAUAACAAUUAGAGCGGGAGCCAAUGCUCGACUUGAAUGUGCAGCCACUGGCCACCCUGCUCCACAGAUUGCUUGGCAGAAGGAUGGAGGAACAGAUUUUCCAGCAGCUCGUGAAAGGAGGAUGCACGUGAUGCCUGAGGAUGAUGUUUUCUUUAUUGUGGAUGUAAAAACUGAAGAUAUGGGAGUUUACAGCUGUACAGCUCAAAAUACUGCAGGUGCUAUUUCAGCAAAUGCUUCCCUCACAGUACUAGAAACUCCUUCAUUGAUUUAUCCCCUUGAAGAUCAAACAGUGGUUAUUGGUGAAACUAUUGCUCUGCAAUGCAUGGCAUCAGGAAGCCCAUCUCCACGAAUAACCUGGUUAAAAGGGGAUGAGCCCCUUGUGGUUACAAAGAGGCAUCACUUCACACCUGGAAACCAACUGCUAAUCAUACGAAAUGUGGUGUCAGAUGAUGGGGGAAAAUACACAUGUGAGAUGUCUAAUCCACUUGGCACUGAACGAGCUCACAGCCAGCUUAGCAUUUUACCAUCAUCGGCUUGUGUUGUGGGACAAAACAAGCAGGAUGGAACAAUGACGGUGGGCAUUGUCAUCAUUGCAGUAGUCUGCAGUAUUGUAAUAACCUCCCUAGUAUGGGUGUGCAUCAUCUACCAGACCAGGAAGAAGAGUGAAGAAUACAGUGUAACAAAUACAGAUGAAACCAUCGUACCACCAGAUGUACCCAGUUACCUCUCCUCACAAGGGACACUUUCUGAACGUCAGGAUACUUCUGUCAGGGUAGAUGGGAGUAGCAAUUUGCAGCUAGCAGCAACUAUUCCUGGUGGACAUACAGAGAGCAGUGGUGUAUGUCGGUCUGAUGCUGGAAACUGUGCAGAUACGAACAGUCAUAAUAUUCACAAUAGGAAAAUAAAACAUUGUGUUGGAUGUAAUAUAAAAGAUGGAUGUAAAAAUGUGACAGAAGGAAGACUGGGCUCAGAAAAAAUAGUUUGCAUGGAACAGUUUGACAAUGCUAGCACCUACCCAAAGGAAUUGGAAACCUCAAGCUCUUAUAGAAGUGUGGAUUGCUGUCCUGAAGAUGCAAAAGCACGGAAUAGAAUCAGUGCAGAACUUUUAAAUCAUUAUCCAUGCAAUGGGACUUUGAGUAGUAUGAAAGAGAGGGAAAAGCCUAUUUAUCCUAGCAAUCACGAUAGGAUGACAUCACAGCCUCAAACCCUAGCAAAAGAUAUGCCUUCUCGAUCUGUGCAGUUAACUCAAGAACUUCACAAUCCUGUACAUUUUCCAUCUCUGGAGGCCUUGGACAAUUCAGCAUUGUUGUGUGAGAAACCUCGGACUUUAUUGCACAGUGACACUGAAAUUGGCAUUAAACAGACUUUGCUAUUUAAUGGACAGUUACCACAUUCUUGA